AUGUAUACUGCAGUAGGAAAGAAAAAGCAAUUACUUUUAGCUCUUACUUCCAUCACAGACUGCAUGGAAAACUGCACAAGUGCACAUGCUACUACUCGUGUCUACUCGUGCCGCACGUGGCUGGAGUUUGGCCAAUACGAAAGUGGCAUCCAACAGAUAUCUAGCCUAUUUCACUCCUUCCCUUUCAGUAAAUCAAGCAGCAAGAUGUUUGAAGACGAGGCAGAAGAUAUGGCUGGUCAAGAAUCAGGCGAUUCUAUGAGCGACUUGACUGAGGAUGAUCUCGAUUUUGAUAGCGAUGGUAUUACCUACAUCUUUGAUUCUGAUUUUUGUCGUACCUUCUACAAAAAUAAUUCAUGGAUAGAAGCGAGCUACCUUUGUGAUGAUAAUAACCAAGAACAAGAUAUCACCAAGGAUUACUUAUUGGAUGAAUUCGACUUGGUCACCGAGACUUUACAGACAUCGCCAUCACACAAAGAUAUCAUCUCUCGCCUUAAUACCUUACCACAAAUUGUACAACUAUGUAACGAUCAUGUGUUUAAAGAGCCCUUCUGUGGGAAUCGGGAUGAAAUUACGGAAGAGUUGUUGAAAUUAAUCCGAAAGAGCGAUAGGCAUACCACUGAAGCCUAUCGCAAUGCCAUAAGAAAUAACAUUGUCGAGGUCUUGAGUAGCGUGUUAAAAAUUAUAAGCUUUUUAAGCGAAGAAAGUCAAGAGCUGCUAACCUUUGAUGCACACGGAAUAAGAUUACAACAUACGAAAAAAGAUAUAAGGCAAGCUCUAGCUUCCAUACCUUGUCACCGCAUAUUUGAGAUAUUAAAGACUAUGGAUCUUCAGCUGCAUGAUCAGGCAUUGCUGACUUUGACAACCAUAUUUACACACGUAAAAGACCGGAAACAGCAACAGCAUCUGUUUAUCUUUCUCAACAACUUGGCUCGUUAUAAUAACAACAUGAUUCAGAAGCUCAUUGUUAAUGAUGUAGUGCCGUUUAUCUUCUCCUGGAUAGAUGUGACCUGUGAGCAUUUUCAUCCGCCUACAGAAGUAUUCCAUACAAUCGUCGUUUGUGGAACUAAUAAACAAGUUAAUGAGUUGAUUAAACGAGAAAAUGUCUUUAAGGAAGCUUGCGAAUUAAUCACGGGAUGCCACGACUACGAGGUUAUUAAGUACUUAUUACUAGCAUUGAACGUGAUUGUUCAAAAAUGCAAGCAAUUACCCAAGUUAAAGAAAAAGCUCAAAGGUGAUGUGCUGGAUGCGAUUGAUACCACGAUGGAAUAUUAUCGUGGAUAUGGUGACAAAGGACCCGACGUAGCAAAAUUUCGUAAGUUUCUGGAAACUGGGAGAAUUAAAAAAAAAUAA